CUCUCUCUCUUUCUCUCUCUCUCUGCAACUUAUUCAAGUAUUCAAUUUUUACGGAUUACAAUGUAAAAAGGUUUUUGAUUAUCUUUAUUUUUAAAUCACGCUGUCAUCAGUAGAGGAGAAAAUAUUACGAAGCAUUACACUUGAGAAGAGAUAAUGCAAAAAGAAUUUUUUAUUAUCUACAUAUACAACAUGCAGUUUUGAAAGGUUUAGAAAUAGUUUAUAUUCAUUAAUGCUCCAUUGAAUGAAUACAUUAGUACCAGUGAUAGAUCAAUUUAAUACAAUUAAUUCAAUCAUUGUUGAAAAGAAUGGUUUCAACUUGGUAUUAUCUUAUUUUGCCAAUUGUAUUGAUCGCUGGAAUUUUACGAAAAUCUAGAGAAUAUGCUUGGGGAAAAUGUAAGAAUAAAAGCAAUUUAGAAGGACGUGUUUUUAUUGUUACGGGUGCUAAUUCUGGAAUUGGUAAAGAAAUAGUGAAAGAGUUGGCUAAACGAAAAGCUACUGUGGUACUUGCUUGUCGAAACUUGCAAGCUGCCAAAGAUACUGUUCAAGAAAUAUGUAAAAAUGCACCGAAUGCACAACUGGUUCCAAUGGAACUUGAUCUUGCUUCAUUUGUGUCAAUUAAAAGCUUUGCAGCACAAGUCUUGAAACAAUAUCCAGAGAUACAUGUUUUGAUUAAUAAUGCUGGUGUGUAUGUACCUUUACAAAAUCGAGAUAAAGAUUUAACCAAAGAAGGAUUUGAAAUACACUUUGGAGUUAAUCAUUUGGGACAUUUUUUACUAACAAAUUUAUUACUUGAUAGAUUGAAAGAAAGCACUCCAAGCAGAGUUGUUGUAGUUACAUCAAAACUUUUGGAAUCUGGAGUUAUUGAUUUUGCAAAUUUGAAUGGUGAAAAAAGAUUACCGGUGAAAGGAGGAAUGAACCCUGGAUAUUGCAAUUCCAAAUUGGCAAAUGCUUAUUUUGCUGCUGAACUUGCAAGAAGAGCUGAACAAACUGGUGUAUCUGUAUACAUGGUUUGUCCUGGAUUUACUUACACCAGCCUUUUUAGACACGUGAAGAGAAGUUGGUUCCACUAUAUUAUCUUUUCUCCAGUUGCUUUACUUUAUUUACGUACAGCAAAUCAAGGUGCACAAACUAUUCUACAUUGUGCUACUGAUCCUACUCUAUCAAAUGAAACUGGUAAAAUGUAUCGUGACUGCAAAGUUUAUACUUCCAAGAAAACUUUUGAUCCAGAAACAGCAAGUAAACUUUGGGAAGUAAGUGUCAAAUUUACAGGUCUACAGGAAACUUUUUUGUAAUUUAAUUUUAAUUGAA